GGGCCCCUGCACCCUGUACCCAAACAGCAGCGAGCAGGCAACAGUCUGCGUCGCCAAAAGGAAGGAAAAGGAAGGAACGCACUGAGCCACUCGCCCUACUGACUUCUCUGCUUCUUGCUUCUCCUUUCCUGUUCCUCGGUCCUCAUCCUCACUCAUCGACGACGAUGGGCUCCCGCUCCAUCUCCCGUGGAGAUUUCUAGCCGUUUGGACGGAAUUAAUGGCGACGGGGACCCUGAUUUGUUGAUUUGCGACAAACCCCUCCACGAUUUGAAACGGCCCCUGCUGGAGAGAAACAAGAGGCGGAAUAUGGGAUUGGCAGCAGCCGCAGGCAGCAGCAGGGCACGGGGCGGGCGCGGCGGCGGCGGCGAUGCCGGCGGUCAGCACCAAGCCGGCGGCAGCGAGCCAGUCGAUUCGUCACUCCUCCAGGGUCUACUAGAGGAGACCGGCGAGGAGAGCAGCGCUGCAAUAAUGGAGGAGACACCACAGCUCCAUCUCAGCAACUCGGAGAUACGUAGUGCAGGGACGGACACAGAUGAAGUGGACGACAGUCCAAUCGAGGAGGUUCGGCUCACCGUGCCGAUCACGGACGACCCGACAUUGCCGGUGCUGACGUUCAGGACGUGGUUUCUGGGGCUCAUCUCGUGCGCGCUCCUGGCCUUCUGCAACCAGUUCUUCAGCUACCGUCAGAACCCUCUCUACAUAUCCUCCCUCUCGGUGCAGAUCGUGGUCCUGCCGCUCGGCAGGCUCAUGGCCGCAUGCCUCCCCACCAAGAUCGUCGGGUUCAAGGGCACCCGUUGGUCUUUCUCCCUCAACCCAGGGCCGUUCAACCUCAAGGAGCACGUCCUCAUUACCAUCUUUGCCAACACUGGCUCCAGCUAUGUUUAUGCCGUCGGCAUCGUCACCAUCGUCAAGGCCUUCUACCACCGGGACAUCAACCCGCUCGCCGCCAUGCUCCUCACUCAAACCACGCAGCUCAUGGGCUAUGGCUGGGCUGGUCUCUUCAGGAAGUACCUGGUGGACUCCCCCUACAUGUGGUGGCCGUGCAACUUGGUGCAGGUCUCGCUCUUCAGAGCGCUGCACGAGAAGGAGAAGAGGCCCAAGGGAGGGAUCACGAGGCUACAGUUCUUCCUCCUCGUCCUGACCUCCAGCUUCGCCUACUACGUCGUGCCCAACUUCCUCUUCCCGACCAUCUCCACCAUUUCCGUGGUGUGCCUUGUGUGGAGGAACUCCGUGACGGCGCAACAGAUCGGCUCGGGCGUCUACGGGCUCGGCGUUGGGUCGUUCGGCCUCGACUGGGCCACGGUGGCCGGCUUCCUGGGCACGCCGCUGGGCACGCCGGCGUUCGCCAUCAUGAACGUGAUGGCGGGAUUCUUUUUGGUGGUCUACGUGCUCUUGCCCGUGGCGUACUGGAGCAACGCGUACGACGCCAGGCGUUUCCCCAUCAUCUCCUCCAAUAUGUUCAUGGCCAACGGCAGCCAGUACAACGUGAGCCAGGUGCUCGACCCGGCGACCUUCGAGUUCAGCCAGGCCGGGUACGACGCCGCCGGGCAGAUCAACCUGAGCAUCUUCUUCGCCUUCUACUACGGCCUCACCUUCGCCGCGCUGGCCGCCACUCUGUCCCACGUCGCCCUCUUCCACGGCAGAUCGAUAUGGCAGCAGAUGAAGGCGACGGUGAGCGGGCUGCAGAAGGGUGACGUACACACGAGGCUAAUGAAGAAGAACUACGCGGUGGUGCCACAGUGGUGGUUCCAUGUCAUGCUGGUGCUGGUGCUCGGCCUCUCUAUAUUCACCUGCGAGGGGUUCAGGAAGGAGCUGCAGCUCCCCUACUGGGGCGUGCUCAUGGCGGCAGGGCUGGCAUUCCUCUUCACGCUCCCCAUCGGUAUCAUCACCGCCACCACCAAUCAGCAACCUGUCAAUGUGGUGGCCGAGCUCAUCAUUGGGUACCUGUACCCAGGGAGGCCGCUGGCGAACGUCGUGUUCAAGACAUAUGGCUACAUCAGCAUGUCCCAGGCCAUCAUCUUCCUCAUGGACUUCAAGCUGGGCCACUACAUGAAGAUCCCGCCGCGGUCCAUGUUCGCCGUCCAGCUCGUGGGGACCGUGCUGGCAUCGACAGUCUACUUCAGCACUUCAUGGUGGCUGCUGGAGAGCGUGAGCAACAUCUGCGACCCGGCGAGGCUGCCGGCUGGGAGCCCGUGGACGUGCCCCGGCGACGACGUCUUCUACAAUGCGUCUAUCAUCUGGGGCGUGGUCGGCCCGCAGCGCAUAUUUGGGAGCCUCGGCCGCUACACCAAGAUGAACUACUUCUUCCUCGCCGGGGCACUGGCGCCGGUGCCCGUGUGGGCGCUGUCCCGGGCCUUCCCGGAAAGGGGGUGGAUCCGGCUCGUCAACAUGCCCGUGCUGCUGAGCGCCACGGGGCUGAUGCCGCCGGCGCGGUCCGUGAACUACAUCAUGUGGGGUGCCGUCGGGCUCACCUUCAACCACUUCGUGUACCGGCGGUACAAGGCAUGGUGGGCGCGCCACAACUACGUGCUGUCGGCCGCGCUGGACGCCGGCGUGGCGUUCAUGGGCAUCGCGUCCUUCGUCUUUCUGCAGUCGAGAGGCAUCAACGGUAUCAACUGGUGGGGGCUGCAGGUCGAUGACCAUUGUGACUUGGCUAGUUGCCCGACGGCGCCGGGAGUCAGUGUCCCCGGUUGCCCCGUGCAGUAAGCAGCUGCCGGGGCAUCACCUGGCUAUCUAGGAUAGUUAACUAGCAAUGUAGCUCUUCCUGAAUGUGUCAAUAGUCCUACGGCGUAUCGGCUUUUGUAUGUGGCAUGCCGAGGCCAAGACUGGGACAAACGCCACUGAAUGAUGUGACUGAUGGGUCCAUAGACUGAUUGGGUAACAAGAUUUUAUCUAAAUCUUCUUCUCUGAAAAUAAGCAAUUAGACUAUGCAAUUAGUACUUGUUGUCAGACAUGGUUAACUGCCCAAACUAAUAAAGGGUUUUAUUAUUUUUA